UGUUUGUUUGGUAAAUUGUGAGUCAUACCAAAUAAAAUUUUAUGAACGUUUUGAAAUCGUAUUUUAGUCAUAAAUGCUAUAGAAAUUAGUUAAUAACUUAAUUCUUAAGCAUUGUUGAAAUCAGUUAAACCAUUGUCAUGGAUUUUUUCAGAAAAGCUCCAACUGUGAAAGAGCAGCAAAGACAAAAUGAUCGCGAGCUGCGAAAAGCAAGCAGAGAUUUGGAAAGAGACAAAGUUGCUUUGGAGAGGGAAGAGAAAAAAUUGGAAAUGGAAAUAAAGAAAAUGGCUAAAGAAGGCAAUAAUGCGGGCUGCAAGAUUCUAGCAAAGCAGUUGGUUCAAUUGAGGAAUCAAAAAACAAGAAUAUACUCUGCUAAUAGUAAGAUAUCAAGUGUUCAAAUCCACAACAAAGCGAUGGGUGCAAACAUAGCCAUAGCCGGUGCCAUGGGAACAACGGCCAAGACAAUGGGCAAUAUGAACAAGAUAAUGAACCCUCAACAAAUUGCCAAAGACAUGGAGGCGUUCAAACAUGCAAACGCUAAGAUGGAUAUGACCGAUGAAAUGAUUUCAGACACACUGGAUGAUAUAAUGAACGAAUCGGGCGAUGAAGAAGAGACUGAAGGAAUCAUCAAUCAAGUGCUUGACGAAAUUGGUAUUGAAGUCAGUGGAAAGAUGGCAAAUGCUCCGUCCGUGGCAAGAAAUAAAAUCGGCGCUUCAACAGCUGAUGCGGACAAAGAAAUUAUGGCGCAGCUUGCGAAACUUAAAUCGUCAUAAAAUCAAUGUUGUAAAAAAAUUGUUUAUAGUUUUAUCGACUUCUCAAUAUUAUAUUAUGGAGGUUAAAAUUGUUGUGUAUUUUUUAUAGAAAAAAUGUGGAAUAGAUCGAAAAAGAAAUGCAGAAAAACAUGGCUAUAAUUUGUUUGUGUAUUGUGUGAAAAUUGUAUGUGCAGAGUAAUCGCUAACUUUCGUCCUAAAAAUGAAUUUAUUUAAGUAAAUAGCGAUAAGAGUAAGAUGUAUCAUGUAAGACUCCAUGUAAAUAUAACCAUUGAUUUACUGUGAUAUGUAAAUAUGGUAAUAAAUUAUUUGGUUGUUGUA